AAGCCAGGACCCCUGCAUGGCCGACCAGCAUGAUAUGCUCUCCUGCAGCACCAUUUAAGCCAUAUGACAAUCCCACUGUCAAGACUGGACUUAUACCAGUGUCAAUACUGUCAAUUAUUAUACGCAAAGAAGACUGAACUUGACCAACAUAUGAUUAACGAACACAAUGAAGAAAACAAUAAACAAAGAAAUACACUCAAUAAACAAGAUUUGAAAAGAAGAACAAACUAUGAAUGUGUAACGUGUAAUAAAACAUUUAACUAUCAUAAUUGGCAUAAUCAUAUAAGGACGGUACACUGUAAUGACAAUUUGACAUGUGAUCAAUGUAAUAAGUCAUUCAAAUGUCAUAAAUAUCUAUACAGACAUAUCCACCAUGUACACUUGGUCAAAACGCAAUUUAAAAGUUUUCAAGAAUACAUUUGCGAACAAUGUUCAAAAGCUUUCAAAAGCGUAGACUGUCUUAAUAAACACGUCAGAAACUGUCACAGUGAGAAAGUUACAUGUCAAAUUUGUAAGUCUGUGUUGAAGAGUGCAGUUUAUUUGGGUUCUCAUAUGAGGAGGGUACAUUGUGACAGUAGUAAAAAAUCCAAAUGUCGAAUAUGUGGCAAACAGUUUAAAAGUGAACGGCAAGUUAGAAUACACGUUGGUAAUACACAUGAGAAAAAGCUAUGCCCAAGAUGUGGCAAAAUGUACUCAACGACGUGUCUUUAUUAUCAUGUCAAAAAAUGUAAUAUUGGCACACAAAAUGCCAGAGAGGAUAAAAUUGAUCAUGAUGACAUGAAUGGAGAUGUGAUUGUUGACGACAAUGAACAUCUCGACAUUGCUAGUCAAAUCAGUGGAAAUUCAAAUGUUCAUGAUGAUGUCAAAGUUGAUAUUCGUGCUCCUGCCAAUGAUCAGCUGAACAAUAAUAAUAUAGGCAAUUUUAAAAGAGAUAUAAAUAAGAGUAACAAUAGUCAAAUUAAUGUAAAUUCAAAUGUUCAUGAUAAUUACGAAGUUGAUAUUCAUGAUAGUGUCAAUGAUCAGCUGAACAUCAAUAAUAUAGGGAAUUGUAAGAAAGAUAUAAAUAAAAAUGACAACAAUCAAAUCAAUGUCAAUUCAAAUGUUCAUGAUGAUUUCAAAGUUAAUAUUUGUGAUCACGAUGUUCAUGAUGACAGUGAGAUUAAAAGAGGAGAUUGGUGUGAUCGUGCCAAUAAAAUUAGGAGAGAUGAUUUAAGUUUUUAUCAUUACGGUCACGAAAUAAAUGUUACAGUUGAUGACGAUAAUGUGAAAGGAGGUACAGUACACGGAGUUAUUAAUAAUAAUAUUAAUGGACUUUGUAAUGUUCAAAUCAACAAUGGAGAUAUUACCAGACAUUUUUGCAAAAUAUGUAAUAAAAAACUGAAAUCUGAAGAAAGAGUUAAAAUUCACAUGAAAAAUGCUCAUAGCAAGAAUUUACCUGUUAAAUGUGAAUGUUGUGGUAAAUUUUUUUUUAACUUGAAAUAUUUUGGUGUACACGUUAAGAAAUGCCGUAUUAAAGAAGUUGAUGUUUCUCCGAGUAGAAACGAAAACAAAUUUGAUAUACAGUUUAAAAUUGAAAUUGAUAACCCCUCUGAAAUUAACGAAUGA